AUGGGACCACCGAGUAAACGGCGGCGCCUGGCUGACCCGGCAGGUGAUUGCAGCGAUGAGAUCUGUCAAUCAGCCACACAUCUCGAAAAGACCAGCUGGAAUGGAUUUUGCGAGAUUGAGUCGGAACCUGCACUGUUCAACGUUAUGCUGCGUGAAUUUGGCGUUCGAGGCGUCAAAGUCCAAGAGGUGGUGUCGUUGGAGGAAGAGAUGAUGGUCUUUCUGAACAAGCCUAUCUACGGCCUGAUAUUUCUCUUCCGUUGGAGGGAAGAUGAUGUCAAGAAGCAAGAAGCUACCUGCCCAGAUGGGAUCUGGUUUGCAAAUCAGACAGCGAGCAAUGCUUGCGCAAGUGUGGCCAUGUUGAAUAUUGUCAACAAUAUUCCCAACAUCGACCUCGGAGAGAACCUGCGACACUUUAAGGAAUUCACCAUGCCCUUCACGCCCGCACUGCGAGGCGAUGCCAUCAACAAUUUCGAAUUCGUCAAGAGGGUACACAAUUCAUUUGCACGUAAAAUGGACAUCCUGAAUGCCGAUCUUCAGUUGAGGACGGAUGCGAGCCCUAAGAAAAGCUCCAAGAGCUCGAGCCAGGAUCUUGGCGAGGCAGAGGCGGCGUUCCAUUUCAUUGCAUUUAUGCCAGCCUUGGGCCAGGUCUGGAAAUUUGAUGGCUUGGAACGCCAGCCGCAUUCGCUCGGCGAGUGCGCCGAGGAAGACUGGCUGGAGCUGGCCAAGCCCGACAUCCUCAAGCGCAUGGCCGCAUAUGAACAGGAGCAGAUCGAAUUCUCGAUCUUGGGACUCGUCCGAGAUCCGCUCCCGGACCUGCAGCAGGAGCUGGCUAUCAACAUCCGAAGCCUCGAAAUCAUCACGGACCGGCUCACCAACCACCCCUCCCCUCUCGUUAGCCAUCUGGCAGAACAGGCGACGACCUUGAAGGAGACUGAGAGCUCCUUUGGGCCCGAUACAUCGCUCGGUCUCACCCGCGCGAUGAUCGAUGCCGCACUCGCCCCAGACAACAGCUUGUCGCAGUAUCGAGAAGCCUCGCUGCCAGCUCUCAUCCAGCAUCAGGAAACCCUCCGUAGCGCACAACGCGACCUGCGGUUGCGCCUCCGCGAGGAGCAGCAGAUGCAACAAGCAGAUGACGAGCAUGCGAAGGGACGGCGAUAUGACUAUGGACCUGCUGUGCGAACGUGGCUGCGCUGUCUCGCGCGCAAGCAGCAACUGGCGGAGUUACUGCCUCGAUACAAUUGA